AUGGUCGAGAAGACGAGGGCCGACGACGACGAACAAGGCUUCACAGUCUGGGUCUGGGUUUUGUUCUUCCGGAAAUCACAGUCUGAGUCGCGGGCGGUUGCGGUCGACUCGUCAAUGGCACGCCAGGAGGCGCUGCCGUGCGAGGAUGGCCUCUCCAGUUUGGCGGCCGUUAUGCAAAGAGCUCGAAUCCGAGAGGGCGGAAUCUCCAAUCCCAGUGACGUAGAACCUGGCGCUGGGAUUCCUCAGCCGCGGGAACCUUGA